AUUCAUUUCAUCCCAUGUAUCCAAUUAAAAUUCCAAAAAAAAAAAAAAAAGAGGGGAAGAAAAAAUCUAUGGGAUCUGAAGCUUGGUUAACAUCUCCUACUGGGAAAUGGCUAGGAUUUGUGACUGCAAUCUGGGUCCAAUCCAUUUCCGGGAACAACUACACUUUCUCAAACUACUCUGAUGCAUUGAAAUCCAUCAUGAAGCUAACUCAGCUUCAGCUAAAUCAGCUCUCCGUGGUUAAAGAUGUUGGCAAAGCAUUUGGUCUUCUUGCUGGUUUUGCAUCUGAUAAAUUGCCUCUGCAACUCAUUCUUCUCAUUGGCGCUAUUGAAGGAUUCAUUGGUUACGGUGCUCAAUGGCUUGUUGUUAGCCAAACCAUCAACCCUCUUCCUUACUGGGCAAUGUGCAUAUUUAUGUGCUUGGGAGGCAACAGCACAACUUGGAUGAACACAGCAAUUCUAGUGACCUGCAUUAGAAACUUCAAGAAGAACAGAGGACCUGUUUCAGGGAUUCUCAAAGGCUAUGUUGGAUUAAGCACAGCCAUCUUCACCGAUUCCUGCGCGGCUUUGUUUGCAAACUCUCCAUCUCCAUUCUUAGUCAUGUUGGCUGUCGUCCCUCUUGCCGUUUGUUUCGCCGCCACUAUCUUCCUUCGGGAAGUUGCAUCAAUCAAAACAGAGGAAGCAGAGGAAGAUAAUCAGGAAGGAAAAUACUUGGGAAUCAUCAACAUCCUCUCAGUCAUCGUCGCGGUUUAUCUUUUAAUAUACGAUGUAAUAGGAAGUGGUCAUGGUCACACGUAUAACAUAGCUUUUGUAACAAUACUUUUAAUCCUCUUAGCCUUACCUUUGUACAUCCCGUUGAACCUUGCCUUAAAAACCAUGAUUUCCUCAACCCGUGCGUCCGCGCAAUUUCCCAAUGUCGAGGCAGAAAGAAGUUAUAUUAGUACCUCAUUACUCGAAAGCGAAAAUAGUGGCGAUCUCGAUGAAGUGGAAAAGAACACGCAAAGGUUAAAAGGAGAUAGGGAAGAGGGAGAGAAAUCGAGAAGACGGCCGGCAAUCGGGGAUGAUCAUACUAUAUUAGAAGCAUUUGGAAGCGUCGAUUUCUGGAUACUAUUUGUGUCAUUUCUGUUCGGAGUAGGCACUGGAAUGACGGUAAUGAACAACAUGGGACAAAUGGGAGCGGCUUUGGGCUACCAAAACGUGGCUAUUUUCGUUUCCCUUCUCAGCAUUGCUGGAUUUUUUGGCCGCAUAAUCUCUGGCUCUGCUUCUGAGUAUUUCAUCAAGUACGCUUUUGUUAUUAUAAUUAUAUAUUCAGAAAUAAUAUAAUCCGCUGUCAAUUAACUAACCAACAGGAAUUGAAUUUGAUGAAUUGUGCAGUAAAUUUGCAACGCCAAGGCCAAUAUGGAAUGCAGUAUCCCAGAUUGUGAUGGCAAUUGGGUUCAUCCUGAUGGCUCUGAAUGUGCCCGGAUCACUUUACAUAGGAUCAGUGAUUGUGGGGGUUUGCUAUGGAGUUCGUCUAGCUUGCAGUGUGCCUAUAGCCUCUGAGUUAUUUGGGCUCAAAUACUAUGGCCUAAUAUACAACGUGAUGAUUCUUAAUCUGCCAUUGGGGUCGUUUUUAUUUUCGGGACUUGUGGCAGGGUUUCUGUAUGAUGUCCAGGCCAGCCCAGUUGCUGGAGGAGGGAAUUCGUGUGAUGGUGCACAUUGUUACAGGCUUGUCUACGCGAUCAUGGCGGCUACUUCUGUGUUGGGCUUCUUUUUGGACAUUUUGUUGGCUCUAAGGACUCGAGCUCUUUAUGCUAAUAUCCAAGCCAACAAGAAGAGGUCUAGUUCUAAUAGUGCAUCUCAACCCAAUCGCAACAGUUCCAAUUAAUUACUAACUCCUGUUGUGAAAGGGGGUUCUGUGAUAGAUACCCUUGUGUAAUGAUCCGUUGUAUUCAAAAAAAUAAAACCUGAAAAAGCAGUCAAAUUAGCAAAGUUUUAAGUGAAAGUAUAUCAAAUUAGCACACAAAUAACAGCCUUAUAAUUGAUGGUCUUGAUCAGAAGAUAAACACAAGGUUAUUUGGAAAUAAAUGCGAUCGGGU